CUAUAAAUGGUUACUUCAGUUCCCACAAUAUCAGUAACAAAGUGAGUACAAUAAGUACAGUUGGUUCUAACAACAGCUUUACAAAGAUGAAUCCCUUCGUUGCGUACGUAGCGAUAUGUUGUUGGAUUGGCAUUGCUCUAGCAGCUGCGCCAGUCGCCCCGGCCGGGCUAGCGGCGGCACCUCUGAACCCAUAUUAUGCGGGUCGUAACCCUCUCGGACCUGGUUACAACCCGUAUUAUAAUGCGGGUUACAACUCAGCCGGUGCAGCGGUUCCUAUCUUGAGUUACUCUAAUAACCAUGGAAUUGACGGAAGCUACUCCUUUAGUUAUGCUACCGGUGACGGCAAGCAAGCUCAAGAAACUGGAUUCUUAAAAGACGCUUACAUAGACAAAGCUGGUGAGCCUCAAGGAACUCAGGUCAAGGAAGGCAGUUACGCGUACACUUCUCCUGAAGGUAUACCAAUCCAGGUGAACUACGUCGCUGACGAAAAUGGAUUCAGACAUGGUGGUGUGCAUUUCCCGGCCGACGGUAAAGGUGUAGUUCCACAAUCGCCCUUGUUCAAUGGCGUGAACGGUCCCUACGACCCACGGUUUAACCCUAACAACCCUUACAAUAACUACCCAAACCGCUUCGGUCAGUUUGGCGCCUACAACCCACUGUCACCAUUCAACGGCAGGUACCCCAACUACAACAACCCAUGGGCAGCUCCUGGCGCACUAAGUAAACCCACAAAGGUUUACUUGUUGGUGACAAUACUCGGAGUAGUGGCGGCAGACGUCGGCAACAUACCAGCGUAUCUACUUCAGCAGCAGGUUCAGAACCAACAGUACACAACGGAACCCAUACCAAUCAUCGCGCAAGAUCAAAUUAUCAACCCCGAUGGCUCAUACAAAUGGAAUUACGAAACUGGUAACGGUAUCAGCGCUGAGGAGGCUGGCUACGUGAAGAACCUCGGUAUACCAGAACAAGAAGCGCAGACUGCUCAAGGCCAAUACAAAUACACUGCACCGGACGGGCAGAUAAUUCAUCUACAGUAUAUAGCAGACGAGAACGGUUUCCAGCCUCAAGGUGCCCAUUUGCCAACACCUCCGCCGAUACCAGUGGAAAUACAGAAGGCUCUGGAUCACCUUGCCACUCUCCCUCCUCCAGCACCUGAACCUAACCAGUUUAGAUUAAUUUAAACUUUGUAACAUAAUUUGAUUAAUGUUUUAAUGAGUGUAUCCUUUGUAUAAAGUACUUUUUACAUAAACGUAAUAUAAAGUAAGUAUACUUUGUAGUAUAUUUUUAACCGAUUUCAAAAAAAGGAGGAAUUCGGAAUCUUUUUUUUAUGUUAAAUAAAUAGUGUGUGUAUAGCUUUUUAAGCUUUUUAAGGUUAUAUUUGUACGAAAUUCACGUAAAUGUGAAACUACCACAGCAAAAUGGCAAAUGACAAGGUGUUCAAAUCUCGAGUUCGGAUAUGAAAAUAGUAAAGAAAUUGUAUAUAAUCUAAUCUAAUAAUAGUUAGAGAGCUGCUGCUAUUUAUUUACUUAAUUAUAGUAUAGUGUAGAUAAAGAUGUAUAUUUGCUAAUUUAAUAAUGUUGUUUUUUUUCGUCAUACAUUAAUAAAUAUAUAAAAAGUU